CCUGGGCCGAUCUUUAGUAAAAGUGCCAAGGGGCUAGAGGGCCUCGAGAUAUAAAUAUGCCCUCCAUCACAGCCUACCUACUUUAGGUACUGUUUUCAUAUGAACAAUACAGCAUUCAAUCGACAAGAUACUCAGUCUUCAUAUAAUUUUGAUUCAAACCAGAUGGCUUCUCAGCUACGAAUAGUCAGCCCUGACCGCGUCCUGAAAGAAGUGGAGCCAGAUAUUAUUUCUAUCGACAACCACAGGUUUCGUAUCAACUAUGACGUUCCGCAAGAAAUUACCAACCGUUUCUAUCGUUUAGCAGAACAGGACGACCUCAAAUAUGAGGACAUCCCGCACGAGUUGAAGGAAUAUGAAUUACACAAUCCGCCGGAAGAGGAAGAGAUAGAAGCAUCUAAUGGUACUCUUAUUGAUAUUGCUGGUCGCGAAUUUUACGUGGGCCCAGACGCGCCACAACACAUUUUGAGCCUUCUGGAUCAACUAUUGCAGAGAAGUGAGGAGAUUGCGUACGAGGAUAUUCCAAACGAAUUAAAGGACUAUGAGGUGCCAGGUGCGACUUUGGGGAACGAGGAUGCGAGGACCAAUUAAUAUCUCAUCACUUAUACCAGCUGGAAGUCUCAACAGCUGCUAUUAAGUUUUGGCGCUAGAUCACCAAUGAGAGAAAGUCCACUUCAUGAGUACUAGAGCUAAAUAAACGUAGAAUGCAUAAAACUUUAACGA